ACGAUAAAGCUGCUCUUCCUUUCGGAUUUUCCCCUCACCACUCAGAAACCACUAGAGCGACGUGUUAACAGAAGCACCGGGGAGAGAGGAAAUUCUUCACCUCUGCAGACAGGAGGCUGAGGACGGAAAGUUGUCCGGGAGAAAGCCAAGGGAAACAGAAGGUGCUACGGAACAUCCGUGCUUCUGGAAAACACACCAGCGUUAAAGCAGCGUGACUUGGGGACGUUUGCAAUUCUGAAUUACAGGUGAGCACAACUUUUCCAGUGCAUGAACCAUCUGCAGGAGUAAGCAGGAUUUCUCACAGCCGAGAGAGCCAAGAAUUUUUAAUAAGUUCUGAGCACUGUGGUCAGAUCAACUGCUGUUAUUUGAUAAAGGCAAAAUUCACCCUUUGAUUUCCAUAAUCCUAUCCAAAUGGAGUCUUUGCCUUGCUGUGAGCUGUCCUAACUAACAGCACGGGAUUAGCGGGCCUCGGAGAUGCUGCAAGAAAUAAGACACAUGGGUGAAAGAGAUCACCACAGCACAGUCGACGAGGCAUUUGGAGUAUGAGAGCUUAUCGCUCCUUACUGAGCUUCAGCCAACUGCUACCAGAUACUGGUGGGGACGAGUGGAGGCAGAACUGAGCAGCUCCAAACCUCAGACUAAAUCCGAAAGCAACUUCCUGAACCAGGAUGGAGGGGGAAUCUUACCACAAUGAAACCACGGUCAACGGCACCCCAGUAAAUCACCAGGCUUUGGAACGCCAUGGGCUUUGGGAAGUCAUCACUAUUGCAGCGGUGACGGCUGUGGUCAGCCUGAUGACCAUUGUGGGCAAUGUCUUGGUUAUGAUCUCCUUCAAAGUCAACAGUCAGCUCAAGACGGUAAACAACUAUUACCUGCUCAGCUUGGCCUGCGCGGACCUCAUCAUUGGGGUCUUCUCCAUGAACCUCUACACGACCUACAUCCUCAUGGGUCGCUGGGUUCUCGGGAGUCUGGCUUGUGACCUUUGGCUUGCCCUGGACUAUGUUGCCAGCAACGCUUCUGUCAUGAACCUUCUGGUGAUUAGCUUUGACCGUUACUUUUCCAUCACAAGACCACUGACAUACCGGGCCAAGCGUACCCCAAAGAGGGCGGGCAUCAUGAUCGGCUUGGCCUGGUUCAUCUCCUUCAUCCUCUGGGCGCCAGCAAUCCUCUGCUGGCAGUACUUGGUGGGCAAGCGGACAGUACCACCCGAUGAGUGCCAGAUCCAAUUCCUCUCCGAGCCCACCAUUACUUUCGGCACUGCCAUCGCUGCCUUCUACAUCCCUGUCUCCGUCAUGACCAUACUCUACUGCCGGAUCUACAGGGAAACCGAGAAGCGAACCAAGGACCUGGCUGACCUCCAGGGUUCUGAUUCUGUGGCAGAAGCCAAGAAGAGAAAGCCGGCUCACAGGACCCUGCUCAGAUCUUUCUUUAGCUGCCCUAGACCCAGCCUGGCCCAGAGGGAAAGGAAUGACUGGUCAUCCUCCCGCAGAAGAACCUCAACCACAGGAAAGCCAACCCAGGCCACAGGCCGAAGUGCUGACUGGGACAAGGCUGAGCAGCUCACUACCUGUAGCAGCUAUGCCUCCUCAGAGGAUGAGGCCAAGACCACCACUGACCCUGUCUUCCAAGUGGUCUACAAGAACCAGGCCAAGGAAAGCCCGAGGAAGGAAUUCAGCGCUGAAGAGACCACGGAAACUUUCGGGAAUGCUCAGACUGAAAACAAUGAGUAUGACACUCCCAAGUACUUCCUGUCCCCGGCUGCUGCUCAAAGACUCAAGAGUCAGAAGUGUGUUGCCUAUAAGUUCCGAUUGGUGGUAAAAGCUGAUGGGACCCAGGAGACUAACAAUGGCUGUCGCAAGGUGAAAAUCAUGCCCUGUACAUUCCCGGUGUCCAAAGACCCUUCCACGAAAGGCCUGGAUCCCAACCUCAGCCAUCAAAUGACCAAACGAAAGAGAAUGGUCCUAGUCAAAGAGAGGAAAGCAGCCCAGACCUUGAGUGCCAUCCUCCUGGCCUUCAUCAUCACGUGGACCCCUUACAACAUCAUGGUCCUGGUUUCCACCUUCUGUGACAAGUGUGUCCCUGUCACCUUGUGGCACUUGGGUUACUGGCUGUGCUACGUCAACAGCACCGUCAACCCCAUCUGCUAUGCUCUCUGCAACAGAACCUUCAGGAAGACCUUUAAGAUGCUUCUCCUCUGCCGGUGGAAAAAGAAAAAGGCAGACGAGAAACUGUACUGGCAAGGGAACAGCAAGCUACCCUGAAAAGUCAGCAACUCCCCUCGCAAGAAUCAUAACCACGGUCUGGUUUGCUUGUUUUCAAGGAUGACAUCUGCCAUUUUGAGUCCCCGAAGACAGGUCUGUGGUUGAAUGAAGAGUCACACACACAGCAACGACUGCCACGGGAAGUGAGUCUUGUCUAUUACCAAGACCACCAGAUGCCACUAGAGUCUGCCGGUGGAACAGAGGGACAGACUCAGGGCCCUGCUCUGGAAGUACAUUUGAGUCUUAGCGGACAAUGAUUUUGGGAACUGAUCUGUGCAGAACAGGAGGGACCAGAUGGAAAUCUUCCCCUGUGGCAUUCUGUCAUAGACUGUUGUGGAAUGUGUAUGUGUCUGUGUGAAGUUGUCUUAUACCAGUGAGAAUCGGAGAAUGUAGGCCACUGUCGCCUCUGGAUAAGAAUGAUAUUCAACUGGCUUCUAAGAAUACCACUCGUUGUAAUUUAAUCAGCACUUAUUAUGCAGCUAACACGUGUUUUGUACUGUGGCAUGUUUUUCUGUUCAUAUGUAGAACGAUGCUCUCACUCCCCCUUUCAUAGCUAUGACAACGCCUGUACCCAGUGAAACCAUGGUGAUUCCCACAGACCAUCAGUUUCUCAGCAUCCUGAAUCAAGAAGGGUGCUGAUGUUGGCACACUUGCACACUUCUUGGUCUCCUAAAGGGGCUUCUAUUCUGCUACUAAUGAUGAUCAAGUUUCCGUGCCGUUAUUUUUGUGUUUUACCAGUGAGGUAAUUAUUUCUCUAAACAAAUAUUGUGUAUCAUUUUUGGUGCCCAUUUGGAGUCAUUUACUAAAUAUGCCAUAUUCCCAGGAGAAACUGAUUGUAUAACAGCCCUAUGCAGUAAGGAUCCUCUCCAGGAUAUUGAAUGUUGGGUCUUUUAUGUUGUUUUCAGGGGAAUUGCUUUCUAAUCUCUUCUCAGGACAGCUCAGACACAAAACAUGGAAAACAAAUAUGAUUCCUUCUAUGCUUUGACAUUUAAGAGUUUUUGAA